AUGACGUCAAAGUUGAAGAAGCCCAGCUUGGCUGAAGAGCUGGACAGUUUGAUAAAUGUUGCGCCUAAGGCAUUUGAAUCCGACGACGACCAAGAGGAAACAAAAGCUAAAGUUGUUGAUAAAUUUGAGGAAUCUCAUUCUGAUGAUGAUCAAACUUCCUCGUUUAGAAAGAAAAAUGUUCCAUUGCUUGAUGAGAUUGAUGAAAGGUAUAAGGGAAAAAAAGUCACGAGGAAAGAAGCUUUUGGUGAGGAAAGUGACUCUGAUGUUGAUGAUCAUGAUGAUGAUGAUGAGAUAAAGUCAGAUGAUGAAUCUGAAGUAGAAGAAGAAGAAGAAAGUGAUGAGGAUGAAGACGAUGAAGAAGAUGAUGAUGAUGAUGAUGAUGAUAAUGAAGACGAAGAUCUAUCUGAUGAUUAUGAUCAAGAUGAAGAAAAUCCUUUGUAUCGUGACCGCAGUGACAAUACAUUUAAAAAUUUAGCAUCUGAUGCUCAGUCAGAUGUUGAAAAAGCAAACUGCGUUGCAAAACAACAAAAAAUAUGGGAAAAUUUACUUGAGAUUCGUAUAAAAUUGCAGCCAGUUUUGAUGACCAGCAACAAGAUGCCCCAGUACGAUGUCGUGAAAACUAUGGAACCUACUCCAGAGUUCAUUAAACAAAAAGAUCAAGUUCAAAGUAAAUUGUGUGGUAUACUAGAUAAUUUGCUUAAUCUUCAGGAGAAAUUAUUGAAAAAUUAUCCCGAGACUAAAAAUUUAUUAGACAAAAAAGCGACCGAGAGCAAAACUGAUGAUGAUGGUGAUGAAGAGAUUUGUUCAGACACUGAAGAUGAAGUGGAAAAGUCUGAAGCGGAGUCGGAAGAAGACUCCGAAGAACCGCCAAAGAAAAAGACAAAACGCAGUUUGAAUGGUUACGAGAAAAUAAUAAACGAUAUUCAUAAUAAAUACUCGCCCUAUCGCGACUCCGUGAUUCAGAAAUGGAAUGACAAGACUCGCGUAGCCACUGGGAAAAUAAGUAAGAAUGCUAAUCAGUCGAUAGUGAAACAAAUCGAGUUUGUGCUAAAUGACAAGCCAAAGCUGAUAAAACGGACGCAGUUGAAGCGCUCGGAGUACGAGAUCGUGGGAAAGAAAUCGCUGGACGAAACCGACGAGGACGGCAGGCGAAUUCAUGAGUACGAUCAUGAAAUUUACGACGACGAUGACUUUUAUCAGCAGUUAUUACGUGACUUAAUUGAGCAAAAGACCGCCCACAUCACGGAUCCACUGGAGCUGGGCAGACAGUUCUGUAAAUUGCAAAGUUUGAGGAACAAAUUGAAACGUAAAAUAGACACACGUGCAACCAAAGGCCGCAGAAUACGUUACAAUGUUCAUAAUAAAUUAGUUAAUUACAUGCCGGCGAUUACUGUCAACGACACUUGGAGCGAUUUAGCUAAAACUGAAUUGUAUAAUUCGCUCUUUGGUAAAAUAAAGUCUCAUAAUUAAUAAAUAAAUUAAUAAUAAUU